AGGGGUCUGUAAUAGUUAAAGUAUCUUCAAUUAUAACUAUAAGCAUAGUAGAACACCUUGUUGAAAGGCUCGAGAUAAUCAAACGAUGUCGAGUUUUGGUACAUCAUUCGAGGAGACUUUGAACACAACUAUAAAUAAAGAUUCAUCAGCAAUUGACAUUGGAUCGCUUGGAUCAAUCAAAUAUCUGAAUCUAGACGAUAAUACCAAUAAUAAUGUUAAUAAUCAUAUUAAAGUUGUGUGCCGUAUUCGGCCGGAAAAUGAGUUUGAAUAUCAUCACGACAGAUCUACAGGAAUUCCCUUUAUUACUCCAACUUCACAAACAGUAACGCUUAAUAUAAAAGAUUGCGCCAAUCAAUUCACAUUAGAUAAAGUAUUUGAUCAAAAUUCUUCUCAAUUAGAUGUAUAUAAUUAUGUGGCGGCAGAAAUAGUUGAUGAUUUUAUUAGUGGAUUUAAUGGUUGUUUACUUGCUUAUGGUCAAACAGGUAGUGGGAAAUCUUAUACUAUGUUAGGUAGACAAAAUGAUAUAGAAAUGGGAUUAAUACCUCGUAUAUCUCAAGAUAUAUUUGAUAGACUUAAUCAUUCAUCUUCAAAUAUGGAAUAUACUGUGAGUGUAUCCUUUUUAGAAAUUCAUAAAGAACAAAUUAAAGAUCUCAUAAAUGUUAAUAAUGGAGAAUCAUCAACUCAGAAAUUUUCAAUUCAUGAAGAUAAAGUAAGAGGUAUACAUAUUAAAGAUUUAGCCAAUGCAUUUAUUUCAACUCAUGAAGAAUUAUAUCAAAUAUUAAUUAGUGGUCUUCAAUCUAGAUCAACUAUUGCUACAAGUAUGAAUUCUGAAUCAUCAAGAUCACACGCUAUAUUCCAAAUAAGAUUAAAUCAAAAACAUUUAAAUACUGGUGUAACAAAGAGUUCUCAAUUAUUCCUUGUAGAUUUAGCAGGGUCUGAAAAAGUUAUAAAAUCAAAUGCUGUGGGGCAAACCUUAGAAGAAGCCAAGAAGAUUAAUAGUUCUCUUUCAGCUCUUGGAAAUGUUAUUAAUGCAUUAACUGAUCCUAAAUCUACUCAUGUACCAUAUAGAGAUUCCAAAUUAACUCGUAUUCUUCAAGAAGCUAUUGGAGGUAAUUCAAGAACCUCAUUAAUAAUUAAUUGUUCUCCUUCAAUAUUAAAUGAACAAGAAACUCUUAAUUCCUUAAGAUUUGGAGCUAGAGCUAAAACUAUAAAGAAUUCUGCUCAUAUUAAUACUGAACUAAGUCCAAGUUCUCUAAGACUUAAAAUAAAUCAAUUGGAACAAAUCAAUCAACAAAACCAAUCAUAUAUUAAAGAACUAGAAGCUGAAUUAAACUCCUGGAGAGAAGGUUCAACUACAACAGUUUAUAUACCUAACAAUACUAAUAGUACACAUACUACACCAUCAAAGGAAUUCAAAUCUCGUUUACCUCAACUUACAACGUCUCCCAAUGGAAAUAAACAUUUACAUGAAGAAUUAUCAAGAAAGGAUAAAAAAAUAAAUGAACUUGAAAAUGAAAUUUUAAAUAUGAAAAUGGAUAAUUUACGAGCUUCUCAUAAUGGAGAAUCAAAAUUAUUUUCAUUACAAAAUUCUUUACAUAAAAUUAGUGAAAAAUUAAAUGAUGUUGAGUUAGUCAAUAUAAAUUUAAAGAAACAUCUAUUAAUAAGUGAAAAAAUUAUAGAAUCAAGAGAUUCAAAAAUUAACCAAUUAAAGCUGACUCUUGAUGAACAACAAAGAAUGAUAAUCAAUGAAGCUUCAGGGUUUAAAAAUAAGUUACAAGAAUUAAGAAGUGUAAUAGAUAAACAUCAUAUGAAUGAAAUUAUAGAGAAUAAAGAAAAUUCAUUACAAACUUCAGAAGAUACUAUUAAAUUAAAUACUGAAACUAAUAACUUCUCCGAUUUUAAAUUGAAAAAUGAUAUUUUAAGUGAAAUUGGUUCAACUAUUAUAACCCCGAAACGUUUAAGUAUUAUAUCAACACAAUCACCAAAUAGAUCAGAGAGAUCAUCUCAAUCAAUAGAUUCACCUAAAUCUGGACUUAAUUUGCAUAUUAUUAAACCUGUAAGAGGAGGUUUAAAUAUCUAAUUAUAUCUUAAUAAAUAAAUAAAUCUAUACGAAUUUAAUUUUAUUUUAUUUAACUUAAUUUU